ACGUGUGCAGAAUUUCCAAUUGGAACAGAUGCAAAUAUUGUGCUUUACAUCUAUAUGACGUCAAAUCUCUACUUGUACACGUUGAAAUAUAUAAAUUAGUGUUGUCCCUCGGAGCUAAUUGAAGUUGUAAGUUAUUCAUUUCUUUUAAUGCUGUCCAGUUGCAAGUAGAAUCAUGGCGAAGUUCUUGCUGUCGUUUUUCAUUUUAACUUUAAUUCCAAUACUACCAGGAAAUUGUGCGCUUGAUAGUAUAAUUGAAAAUGUUGUGACAAUUUUGACCCCUUUACUGCCAUCUGAUAAUUUACUCUCUACGUUGCCUGAAGAGUUGAAAGAAAUUAUUGUUAAUAUAACGACUGGGUUACCGGAAUGUUUGAAUUCGAGUACGUUCCCUUCACUCGGCUGUGAAAAAGAAAUAGACAGCGAAAGUAGUAUGACGUCAAUCGUUACAAACAUCUCGUGCCUGUUAAAUAAAGUUUGUUACAGAAAUGACACGCCUAAUGUAGUCAGAGUGCAGCAAUGUCUUUCGAAACUAUUUUCGCGUAGAGUAUACGCUGUGUCAAAAGAUUAUUUUAACGAUUGGGUAACUAAAGUAUACGAGUGUAUUAUUGUCAUUUACAUCGAUAUCCGUGCUGGAGUUACCAAUUGCGAUUUGUUCAAUGAAAUUCUAGCAUUAAAUAUUUCAUCUAUUGCAAAUAAUCUAAAAGAGGGUAUUUUCUUCAGUACCACAAGUAAUUUAGUAACAUUAUUGAAAAUUCUUAGUGGAGAUAUGGAAGCAAGGUGUCCCUUUCCAAGUUAA